AUGUUCGCUAAUCCUGCCCCUCCAGCUUACCCUGGUUACUCUGUCCCACAGUAUGCACCCCAGAUACAGACAGUGUCCAGCCAACCCCAAAUAAUCAACAAUGUUCAAGUAGCGCCACCCCCAGUGGUGGUCCCUCAGCCACAGAUAAUCAAUAACAUCCAAAUGGCUCAGCCGGCUCCAGUGGGCCCCCUCUCUCCCCUGCCUGUCAUCUACUACAGCACACUGCUGUGUCUCGGCCUGCCUGCGAAUCUGCUGACGGUCCUGGUGCUGUCCCAGCUGUUGUCCAGACGUCAGAAGUCCUCGUACAUCUAUCUCCUGGCUCUCGCCGCCGCCGACAUCCUUGUGCUCUUCCUCGUCGUCUUCGUCGACUUCCUCUUGGAGGACUUCCUGCUGGGGGCGCCGUUGCCGGGGGCGAUGAGGCAGGCCGUGCUGGUCCUGGAGUUCUCCGCCCUGCACACGUCCGUGUGGGUGGCCGUUCCGUUGACGGUGGAUCGAUACGUCGCCGUGUGCUACCCCUUACGCUACCAUGCUGUCUCCUACCCUGCACGCACGCGCAGGGUCAUCACUGGCGUCUAUCUGGGCUGCCUGCUCAGCGCCGCCCCCUACCUGUGGUGGCCGGACCUGUGGCAGGGGUUGUCAGGAAGAGACGGCGAUCCACCUUGGGGACGGAUGGAGGCGAACAGAACCGAGAGGUCACGGGAAGAGGCGGAGGCCCACAAGACGGUGUGGCAACACGUGCUGGUCUGGGCGCAUUGCUUAACGGUCUACGUCGCGCCCUGCUCUGUGUUUUUCACGCUAAACGCUGCCAUCGUGCGUCGGUUGCGCAGUCGGCGACAGCUGCGGCUCAAAGGGCUCUCCACCGGCCGCACCACGGCUAUUCUGCUCGCCGUGACCUCCGUGUUCGUCGUCCUCUGGGCUCCGAGGACCGCCAUGAUCCUUUACCGACUGUACGCCCCCUCGCACGUGGCGGGACCCGCCCCCGCUCACUUGCUCCACCUGCUGGUGGAUGUGGCUAACAUGCUAGCGCUGCUUAACACGGCCGUGAACUUCUUCCUUUACUGCUUCAUCAGCAAGCGUUUCCGGCUGGCCGCCGCGGGGACGCUGAGGGCACUGCGUCGUUGCCGGCGGCAGCCGCCCACCUUCUACGCCAGCCACGCCCUCUCCGUGUCGAGCAGCCCGUGGAUCUCGCCGGCGAACUCGCAGCGAGUCAAGAUGUUCGUGUAUCAGUACGAUAAAAACGGCCGACCCGUCUGCAUAUCACCCUGA